CAGAGAGUAACUUCUUACGUUAGUUUUCAGCAAGCAUGGCAGCGAUAGGGGUACACUUUGGAUACACAUGUGCCUGCGUUGCUAUUUUUAGGGAUGGACGGGCGGAAGUUGUUGCCAAUGAUGCCGGUGAUCGAGUCACUCCAGCAGUGGUGGCUUACAGGGACACUGAGCAGAUUGUAGGCAUUGCUGCCAAGCAGGGACGCAUCCGUAAUGCUACCAACACCGUUGUCAAAGUCAAACAGGUGCUCGGGAGAAACUUUGGGGACCCAGAGACACAGGCCCACAAAGCCGAGAGUAAAUGUCCUUUGGUAAAUCGUGGAGAAAAGCCCUUUUAUGAGAUCACAGGGGACCAGACCAAACAUGUGUCUCCUGAAGACGUGGCCAAACUCAUUUUCCACAAGAUGAAAGAGACUGCUCAGUCAGCCCUGGGCUCGGACGUCAAUGAGGCCGUCAUCACCGUUCCCUUUGAGUUUGCACAAGCUCAGAAAAGUGCUUUGAGAGAGGCAGCUGAGGCAGCAGGGUUCCGUGUGUUGAGGCUGAUCCACGAGCCAGCUGCUGCCCUACUAGCCUAUGACAUUGGACAAGAAUGCCCCUCCGGAAAAAGCCACGUCUUGGUGUAUAAACUGGGAGGGACCUCACUGAGCGUGACGGCGCUGCAGGUGAAUGGCGGAAUGUUCCGGGUUCUCGACACGCUCACCGACCACAGCAUCGGGGGGGAGAGCUUCACACAAGCCCUGGCCCAGCACUUGGCCGCCGAGUUCAAACGGUCAUUCAAACAGGACGUGAGCGGCAAUGCGCGCGCGAUGAUGAAGCUGAUGAAUGGUGCCGACUUGGCCAAACACUCCCUGUCCACGCUGGGCUCGGCCAACUGCUUCGUCGACUCGCUUCACGACGGCAUGGACUUCGACUGCAACGUCUCCAGGGCUCGUUUUGAGCUUCUCUGCUCCUCUCUCUUCAACAAGGGCAUUCAGCCAAUUAAAACCCUGCUGGACCAAGUUGGACUGUCAACAAGCGACAUCAAUAAGGUUGUUCUCUGUGGAGGCUCAGCCAGAAUCCCCCGCCUGCAGCAAAUGAUCCGGGACGUGUUUCCCGAAGUGGAGCAGCUCAACUCCGCCCCUCCCGAUGAGGUCAUUGCUGUGGGCGCGGCCAUAGAGGCAGGCCUAUUGGUUGGCAGAGAUAGCCCCUCCCCCGAAGAAGAGUCUGUCACAGUGGAUGCAUGCGCCGGGGACAUACUAGUCAAGGAAGUGGAUGAAUCAGGAGCGGAAGUGUUCAACGUGCUGCUCCCCUCUGGCACGCCCCUCCCUGCGCGACGCAAUCACACCCUGACUGGGCAAGGACAGCUGUCAUCCCUCUGCUUAGAGCUGUAUCAGAGAACUGCUGACCAGCCUGAGAGACUAGCAAAGAUCGUUCUGAGAGACCUGGAGCCCAAGGAGGAUAGUCACGAAAUUGCCACCGUGGUAACCAUGAAAAGGGACGGUUCUCUUCACGUCUCCUGUGUGGAGCCCAGCAGUGGAAAGACGGAAGCCGUCAGCAUAGCAGCAGCAGCCGCAUCCUGAAGUCACCAGCCCAGCCCACCCCACCCCCCCACACCCACUAACACGCAUAAGUAACAAGCUUUUUAUGAUCAGUUAAUAAACAUUCUGAAAAUCCAAG